AUGUUCUCUUUUCCAUUAGGCCUGUUCCCCAAUUGGAGUUGGUUCUGUAUCUUUUUGGCGCUCUUUUUAUUUCGAUAUGUCAGACUAUGGGUUAACCUGGCGAGCAACUGGACCUAUACACCUAUCCAGCCAGUCGACGACCCGACCAUCACAUCCAAGGACAUGACUGUAAUCAUCCCAACCGUUGCCGAGAACCUCCAACAGUUAAAAGAGACGGUCCAAAGCGCAUACCGUCUCGAGCCAUUGGAACUUCUCCUCGUCACACCCGACUCGCGAGUGAAGCGUGUGUAUCAGAUGGUGGAAGAGCUGGGCAGCCCUAAGAUCAUCCAAGUGCUAUCAGUCAGUCAGGCCAACAAGCGUCGACAGCUAUGCCGAGCCAUCCCCGAAGUCGAGACCAAGAUUACGCUCCUGCUUGACGACGAUGUAUGGUUACCGGAGAAGUUUACCAAAUGGAUUCUUGCCCCCUUUGAGGAUCCACGUGUCGGAGGUGUUGGCACCAACCAGCAGAUCCGCCGCUUCAACCGCUCUAACAUCUGGGAGUUCCUAGGUGCCAUCUACCUGGUCAGGAGGAACUUUGAUUGCACAGCUUGCAAUUGGAUAGACGGCGGUCUACCAUGCUUGUCUGGACGCGCGGUUGCUUAUCGUUCCGAGAUCCUGCAAGACCCCAAUUUUACCUACGGCUUCACGCACGAGACAUGGGGUAGCGAUCAUUUCUUGAACGCCGACGACGACAACUUCAUCACGCGGUGGUUGUUCUCACACAACUGGAAGAUCCAGAUGCAAAACCACCGCGAGUGCGAAGUCGAGACGACACUCGAGGACGACUCAAAGUAUCUGCGUCAAUGUCUGCGUUGGGUCCGCUCCAAUUGGAGGAGCAACCUGACUAGCUUGACAGAGGGUUACAUGUGGAUGAACUACCCAUGGUCUCUCUAUGCCGUCUUCCAGACAACGCUUACGCAAUGGGCAUUCCUCCUCGAUUGCGCACUCUUCGUCUCGGUCUACCUGGCGCUGCUGGAGGCAGGAUACUACGCAGCAGAGGAUGACAAUCAAGCUCACGCGGAGAAAUGGCAGCGCUCGCUUUUCUGGGCCCUGUUCAUCGCGCACUGGGUCUUCGCGAAGACGAUCAAGCUAAUUCCCCAUUUGUUAAGAAACCCGGGCGACGUCCGCUUCGUCCCGGUCUCGAUUCUUUUCGGCUAUUUCCAUAAUCUCAUUAAACUCUACGGCUGCAUCACCGUAACAGAGACCACAUGGGGUACUCGCGAGGGUGCAGAUGCCGACGACAACAUCAGAAUGUUGCCUAUCCCGCCGAUGGCAACCAUUACCCCUCCCCUGACGCCUCCACCAGGCGGACGCGUGCUUCGCGAGCGAGGCGCCGGUUUUCCGAUGAUGAACUAG